GCUGCGAGAAGAAUUUCUGUAUUCCUAAAACAGUUCUGCACCAGUGUCCACUGGAAAGCAUGGCUCUACGAGAGGCAGCACUUUUAGGAAUAAUUAUUGUAUUCUCAGGUCACAUCCACUCUGUGUUUACAGCUCAAAAUGUAUGUAAAACGUAUGGAAGCGGCAUCUUUCAUACCUUCAACAAAACUGUGUUUCAUCUGAAGACGUCAUGUCCAGUAACACUCACACACUUCACUCAUGCUGGAGUGGACUGUCAUAUCAUCGUCCAGCGUGGACCGGAUGGUCUGAUGGACAGAGUGGAGAUCAUUGUGAAUAAAAUCACGACCCUCAUUCACAAUAAAACUGUGACCGUGGAAGGCAGCAGUAUUUCCCUUCCAUAUGACCACACCUAUCAGCAUGUGUUUCAUUAUGGAAUCUAUACCAGGCUCCAAAGCAAAGUUUUGCCAUUGUCUGUCACAUGGUACAGUUUAGCUGAUGGUGUCAGUUCACUUCGGGUGCAACUGGACCAGAAUUUAGUGGAGGGUAUGAGUGGACUUUGUGGGCACCAGAACAGCUCGGAAACUAUGCAGCAGCUGAUAUCCAGCAGUGUCUUCUUCGAUGGCCAAUGCCUGAUACAAGACUCUACUGUGCUGACAAACGCAGUUUGCAAAGAGAUCAUGUCUCACGCUUACGAAUGUCUCGCAACUAAAUAUAAAACCUACUUGAAUCUGUGUUAUAAAAAUAUGAAUGGAUUAUGGCAUCAGGAAUCAAACUGCUCGUUUUUUAAAGAACUCUCGCUUAUGUGCGGGAGCUCCAGUCCGUUGUGGUCAGUGUGGAGGUCAAAAACCAACUGCCACCAACCUCAUUGUCCUGGAGACCUGCACUAUGUAGAGAUGGGUCCCGCUUUUCCGCCAACCUGCAGCAACCCACAGAUUUACACUACUGAACUCACCAGCACCUGCCUGCCUGCUGAAGGUAAGGUCCUGAAUGAUCGUGUUGAUGGUUACCAUUCCAUAAGUGUGGAAGAAUGUCCAUGUGUGCAUGCAAAGAAAAUGUAUGAACCUGGGCAGGAACGCAGAACAAAGUGCCAGACCUGUACCUGCAUCAGAGGAAAUUGGGCAUGUUCUGCAAACACAUGUCCAGCCAAAUGUAUUAUUGAAGGCCAGUUCAUCACUACAUUUGAUGGCAAACAGUAUUCUAUGCUUGACAAAUGCACCUUUGUGGCCGCAAAGGGGGUUAACUGGACAUUGAACAUUCAAUAUUCUGGGCAAGGUGUUGUCAUAGAAAAGGCAUAUCUUAAUAUCAACCAGGAAAGAUAUACCUUCUCUGCAAACAGCAUACAACUGAAUAACAUAGAAAUCAGUGACCUAUCACAAACUGAGUCUACGACAGUCUUUUGGCAGUCUUCAAUGUUCAUUCAAGUUCAGACUUCAUUUGGCCUGAAAAUGCAAGUUCAAAUCUCUCCAGAAAUUCAAAUAUAUUUGAAUUUACCACCGACCGAAAAUACUAAAGGUCUUUGUGGAACUUUGAAUAAUGACACCAGCGAUGACUUUACCACUUUUAGUGGUAUCAUAGAAAGUUCAGUUCAGCUUUUCGCCCAGUCCUGGUCAAUGGGCACUUGUACCCUAAUUCCUGGAUGCAUCAACACUGACAAUGAGAUGUUUGCUGAGGUAAACUGCGACCAACUGAAAAAUCCAGAAGGAGUGUUUGCUGUGUGUCAUGAAUACGUACCUGUUUCACCCUUUGUUGAGGCAUGUGUAAAAAGAACAUGUCAGUGCACAACUGCAUUACAAGAAUGUUUGUGUGUCUCCUUUGGCAACUACGCAAAAGCCUGUGCAGCUCAAGGAAUCACUGUUGGGGACUGGAGAGCAGAAACAAACUGCAUUCCUUUGUGCAUGGGCAACCUGAGGUUUGCUUACACCACGUUGGCAUGUAACCGUACCUGUCGUUCCCUCUCGGGCCCUGAUGCCACCUGUGAGGUGGUGGAUGACCCUGUGGAGGGAUGUGGAUGCACGUCAGACUCUCACCUGAGCAACCAACAGACCUGCAGCCCUCUCCCACUGUGCAGUUGCCACCACCCAGGAGGCAUAACACCUCCAGGUCCAGUGGUUAUCGGUGGACGCCAAUGCUUGUGUGAAAACGGACAGCUUCAUUGUCCUAAAGUUUGCAAUUGCACAGUGGACAAGAUUUGUGUGGACUGCUCACAAAUACCAGUGAACACAGCCUAUAGGACAUGUGAAAGCUUGACCAAACCUGCAAGUGAUGAUAACAGCUGUAUCAGUGGCUGUUAUUGUCCAGAUGGCCUUUUCGAAGAUCAUAACGGUGGUUGUGUGACUCAUGAAAACUGCACCUGUGAAUUCAGCGGGAGAGUGUACGAAACAGGGCAGAGUGUGGAGACAAACUGUAAAAUAUGCACAUGUAGAGGUGGUGAGUGGUUUUGUGUAGAUGAGGCAUGUUCAGGAGUAUGUGAGGUGUUUGGAAAUGGGCAGUACCGCACAUUUGACUCCAGAUGGUACAGAUUCGAUGGCCACUGUCAGUACACCCUAGUCAAGGACGCUGGUUCAAGUGGGGAGUUUGCAAUUAAAACUGAGAGUGUUCCUUGUUGUGACGAGUCUUUGACAUGCUCCCGCGCCAUCUCAGUGGAGCUCUUGGGUGCAGUGACUCUGAUGUUGAGUGAUAUGAAGGUGACCGAGAGACAUCAGGCAGGGGACGCAUUGCUGGCAGAGCCCCUGUACUUCAUCCACACUGUUGGCCUCUACAUCAUCAUCUCAGUUCCCAGACUGGGCAUCACUGUAAUCUGGGACAAACAUACCAGGGUUACCAUCCAACUAGAGCCUCAGUGGAGAGGCCAAGUGUUGGGGCUUUGUGGGAACUUUGAUGGAAAGGUUACAAACGACCUUCUGACAAGCAGCUCUUCAGAAGUUUUCAGUGUUUUGGACUUUGGAAAUAGUUGGAAGACAGCAGCUCCACCAUGCUCAGAUGUAACUCAUGAAAUAUUUCCCUGCGAACGACACUCCUACUGUGCAGCCUGGGCCCAGCGGCGAUGUAUGAUCCUGAGAUCAGACACCUUCAAAGAUUGCCAUCUGAAGGUGGAUCCAGAACCUUAUUACCAAGCCUGUGUUUUGGAGUCCUGUUCUUGUGAGUUUGAGGGAAAGUUUCUCGGUUUCUGUACUGCUGUCGCAGCUUACGCAGAGGCAUGCAGUGGAAAGGACGUCUGCAUCAACUGGAGAACCCCUGAUUUGUGUCCGGUGUAUUGUGACUAUUACAAUGAAGUGGGCCAGUGCACCUGGCAUUACAAUCCCUGUGGCCAGGUUAAGACCUGUGGCACUAAUAACCACUUUACAGGAAAACUUGAAGGUUGCUACCCGAAAUGCCCUGAGGAGACCCCAUAUUAUGAUAAAAACCUAGGUAAAUGCACCACUUUGGACAACUGCACUUGUAACUUCAGGAACAGAGUGUUCUCACCUCCUGAUGAAAUGUGUACUUCUCAUACAUGCUGUAAAUGCAUUGAAGGACAAAUCGUCUGCAAUCCUAUAUUUACAUCUACAACUACUACUACUACAAUGUAUUACACAUCAACAGCUCAGCCACCUACAACAAUAAUAACCCACACAGCCACAACACAACCGCUAACCUCACAGAGCACAAAGCAAUACACAACACCAUUACCAACAACAGAGAGAACAACAGAAUAUACAACCACAACACGUCCAUCAACAACUGAAAUUAUAACAGAAACAUAUACAACUCCAAUGGAAAAAACAACCACAACACAACCACCACCAACUGAAAGCACAACAAAACACAGAACCACAACACAUCCACUAACAACUAAAAGUACAACAGAAACAUAUACAGCUCCAGUGGAAGAAACAACCACAACACAACCACCAUCAACUGAGAGCACAACAGAACACAGAACCACAACACGUUUAUCGACAAUUGAAAGUACAACAGAAACAUAUACAACUCCAGUUGAAGAAACAACAACAACACAACCACCACCAACUGAGAGCACAACAGAACACAGAACCACAACACGUUUAUCGACAAUUGAAAGUACAACAGAAACAUAUACAACUCCAGUUGAAGAAACAACAACAACACAACCACCACCAACUGAGAGCACAACAGAACACAGAACCACAACACGUUUAUCGACAAUUGAAAGUACAACAGAAACAUAUACAACUCCAGUUGAAGAAACAACAACAACACAACCACCACCAACUGAGAGCACAACAGAACACAGAACCACAAUAGGGCCUUUAACAACCGAAAGUACAACAGAAACAUAUACAACUCCAGUGAAAGAGACAGCUACAACACAACAACCACCACCUGAGAGCACAACAGAACACAGAACCACAACACGUCCAUCGACAGUUGAAAGUACAACAGAAACGUAUACAACUCCAAUAGAAGAAACAACAACAGCACAACCACCACCAACUGAAAGCACAACACUUCCAUCAACAACUGAAACUACAACAGAAACAUACACAACUCCAAUGGAAGAAACAACCACAACACAACCACCACCAACUGAAAGCACAACACUUUCAUCAACAACUGAAACUACAACAGAAACAUACACAACUCCAAUGGAAGAAACAACCACAACACACCCGUCAACAACUAAAAGUACAACAGAAACAUAUACAACUCCAGUGGAAGAGACAACUACAACACAACAACCACCAACUGAGAGCACAACAGAACACAUAACCACAACACGUCCAUCAACAACUGAAAUUACAACAGAAACAUACACAACUCCAAUGGAAGAAACAACAACCGCACAACCACCACCAACUGAAAGCACAACACUUCCAUCAACAACUGAAACUACAACAGAAACAUACACAACUCCAAUGGAAGAAACAACCACAACACACCCAUCAACAACUAAAAGUACAACAGAAACAUAUACAACUCCAGUGGAAGAGACAACUACAACACAACAACCACCAACUGAGAGCACAACAGAACAUAUAACCAAAACACGUCCAUCAACAACUGAAAUUACAACAGAAACAUACACAACUCCAAUGGAAGAAACAACAACAGCACAACCACCACCAACUGAAAGCACAACACUUGCAUCAACAACUGAAACUACAACAGAAACAUAUACAACUCCAGUGGAAGAAACAACCACAACACACCCAUCAACAACUAAAAGUACAACAGAAACAUAUACAACUCCAGUGGAAGAAACAACCACAACACAACCACCACCAACUGAAAGCACAACAGAACUCAGAACCACAACACGUCCACCAACAACUGAAAUUACAACAGAGACAUAUACAACUCCAGUGGAAGAAGCCACCACAACACCACCACCACCAGCUGAAAGCACAACAAAACACAUAACCACAACACGCCCAUCAACAACUGAUAGAACAACAGAAAUGUAUUCGACUCCAAUGGAAGAAACAACCACAACACACUUACCAACUUCUGAAAGUACAACAGAAUACACAACACAACCACCAACAAGUGAGAGCACAACUCAACCAACCAUAUCAACAAAACAAUACACAACCACAACUCAGCCAACGACUGAAGCUACAACCUCAGUAAAAUAUAGCACUACAGUGUCAACAGUGUCUACACCAGGAAUAGUAAUAGUCACUGGCCCUACUAUCAGCAGUAAAACUUCAUUUCAAGAAGCGUCUACAACUAGUAAUCCUACAGCAAUCACCUCUUCUCUGACAUCUCUACUCAGUACUACAGUACCUACCACUGAACAUAAAACUCCAGAAAUGACCUCUUCUCUGACAUCUCUACUCAGUACUACAGUACCUACCACUGAACAUACAACUCCAGCAAUGACCCCUUCUCCGACAUCUCUACUCAGUACUACAGCACCCACCACUGAACAUACAACUUCAGUGUGUGAGUGUAAAGAUGUGAUGCGAAACCAAAGCUGGCCAUGUGGAGAAACCUGGAGAGAAGACUGUACUGAUAAAGUCUGUAAGGGUGGAGUGAUUGAGGUAGCUCCCAUUGCCUGUCCAACAACAAGAAUCAGGACUGAUUGCCCUAGAAGCAAGAUGUCUUUUGUUAAAGAUGAAGAGACUUGUUGUGAUCGCUGUCAGUGUGACUGCGAGUGUCAGGUUUAUGGAGACCCACACUACAUCUCCUUCCAGGGGAUCGCUUUUGACUUCAUGGAUAACUGCACCUACACUCUAGUGGAGGAGCAAAUUCUGCAGCAUAGAUUAAGCAUUACUGUAGACAACUACUACUGUGUGCCGGAAAUUGAUAAUUCUUGUUCUAGGGGAAUUAAAUUAAAGUACUGGAAUGAUACUGCCACACUUAUGGUAACAGAGGAGUUCACAGUAGAGUCUACUUUGAAUGAGGAGAUUAUAAAACCACCAUAUGAAAAUCAGGUCUUCAAGUUUGAAAACAGUGGUGGCCAGGCCAACAUCUACAUCAAGCCCAUCCGUUCCUAUGUUUCUCUUUCAUCUUUCAACAAUCUGUUAAUCAACCUGGCAAUGGAGCACUUCUAUAACAACACCCAAGGACAGUGUGGUGUUUGUGGUGGGCAGUCGUGCAUUCGAAGAAAUGGUGUAAUUGAAGAUGAUAACUGCUGUGACAAGACUGCAUAUGACUGGGUUGUAGAAGACCCUCUGAAACCCUACUGCAAAUCUGCGCUCACCAAUGUUCCUUGUGUCCCUCCUCCGCCACCUUCACCUCCACCUCCAACUCCAUCUCCUCCUCCCUGCAAUCCUACAAUAUGCGACCUCCUUCACCAUGAAGUGUUUGCAGAGUGUGGUGAAAGGAUCAAUCUUACAGACGUGGAGAAGAAUUGCCAGUUUGACUACUGUUCAUACAAGAGUAGUGUUGGUGCCUGUUCCUCUCUGGAGUACGCAGCAUCAGAGUGCAAAAGGAUUGGUAUUUGUGUGGACUGGAGAUACCUUACCAAUGGCUCCUGUGAGAUCACAUGUCCUCCAGGAAUGAUGUAUGAUGAGUGUCGAGAGUCUCCAAAUGAUGUCUGUCGAGGCGGUGUUCGUGUGUCUGCAACCUCUGUGGUUGGUCUGAGAUCAGGCUGCUUUUGUCCAGAUGACCAGAUACUUGCAGAAGAGCACAAGCAAAUCUGUGUGCCUGAUUGCACACCAUGUAAAGGACCACUGGGUGAGCCAAUGCCGGUGGGGGCAGUAUGGGAAUCAAACUGCCACAUAUGCACAUGUAAUAACCAGACCAGAACUGAAGAGUGCAUACCCAAACCUCAAGAACGCGCUCCAGUCUGCAGCGCCUACUCCAUCCUGGUCUCCGACUGCUGUGACAAUCAGAUCUGUGUUGACAAGAGCUGCGAGUACAAUGGAAAGAUUUACAAGGUGGGUGAUCGGUGGACAGACCCUUCACGUCCGUGUGAGUCUUUUAGCUGUAGUCAGACAGGAAUGGAGGUUGAGAAAACCGUGUGUCCACUGCAAACCUGCGCUGAGGAUUUGCGAGUGUGGGAUGAACAUCAUUGCUGCUAUUCAUGUAAUGUUUCAUGCACUGCCAGACUGACAAGGAUGAACCUCACAAUUUCUGACUGCACAGAGGAAGUCGAGCUGCCCAUUUGUGAGGGCCAGUGUGAGACAGACAACAGGUGGGUUCAUGCUAACGGGACGCUGCAGCUUGAACAGAGUCACCAGUGCUGUAAGGAGAGAGGUUAUGAGAUGAGAGAAAUCACACUUACUUGCAGUAAAAACACUUCGACCCAUUUCACAUACAAGCAUGUCACAGGCUGUGAAUGCAAGGUUGAAGGUUAAGUUUACCUAAAAAUGUAUGAAAGUGUUAGUUAAUGUGAUUAACUUUGGUGUGUGUUGAAUAUGCACAAUUGAUAAUUAUCUGCUGAUGUGUGGGAUGAUUUAGUUUCAAACUAAAUGAACACAUUUCUUUCAUGUGUCAUUAAUUGUCAAUCAUCUGUCAAAAUCAAUGUUUUUUUUUUGUAAUAAUAAUAAUAAUAAUAAUAAUAAUAAUAAUAAUAAUAAUAACAACAACAAUAACAAUUACUAUUUUAUCUCGUUUUGCCUUAAACCUACUGCGGUAAUGUGCAAUAUAUUUCAAUAAUGACUUUAAUUUGAACUAUUUUGUGUUUGUACUCUGUAUUCCGAAUGUGAUUUCAUGUCCAAAUCAAACGUGUGAUUGUAACCUGAUAUCAGGUGUCAAGGCUUUAAAAGCUUUUGUAAUCCACUUUAUGGAUUCAUAAUCCACAAUAAUCGUUAAUUCAAUAAUAAAUUAAUUUGACACUUGUGGAAUUUGUU